GGGCGCGUUAGGUCGGGUGGGGAGGCGCAUGCGCAGACCCAGCGGCGGCCGGCUCCGCCCCGCGCCCACUAUUUAUUCCCAGAAUCCCUCGGUGUCGCACCAGAACAGCCGUAUCCUUCGGAGACUGGGGGGGGGGGGGUCGGGGGCGGCGGCGUCAAGAUGGCGGCGGCGGCGGUGGCGGCGGCAGCAGCGGCGGCCGCGGCUGCAUCUCUGCAGGUGCUAGAGAUGGAGAGCAUGGAGACGGCCGCCGCCGGCUCGGCGGGGCUGGCCGCCGAAGUCAGAGGCAGCGGCACGGUGGACUUCGGGCCUGGGCCUGGCUUGUCUGCAAUGGAGGCGAGCGGGGGCGACCCGGGCCCGGAGGCCGAGGAUUUCGAGUGCAGCUCUCACUGCUCGGAGCUGUCAUGGAGGCAGAACGAGCAGCGGCGCCAGGGCCUCUUCUGCGACAUUACCUUGUGCUUCGGCGGUGCGGGAGGCCGCGAGUUCCGGGCCCACCGCUCGGUGCUGGCCGCCGCCACCGAGUACUUCACGCCCCUGCUCUCGGGCCAGUUCUCCGAGUCCCGCUCGGGCCGGGUGGAGAUGCGCAAGUGGAGCUCCGAGCCCGGGCCCGAACCCGACACGGUGGAAGCCGUUAUCGAAUACAUGUACACCGGGCGCAUCCGCGUCAGCACGGGCAGUGUGCACGAGGUGCUGGAGUUGGCCGACAGGUUCCUAUUAAUUCGUUUAAAAGAAUUUUGUGGAGAAUUUCUCAAGAAAAAACUUCAUCUCUCUAAUUGUGUGGCCAUUCAUAGCUUAGCUCACAUGUAUACUCUAAGCCAACUUGCUCUGAAAGCUGCGGAUAUGAUACGGAGAAACUUCCACAAAGUAAUUCAGGAUGAGGAGUUUUAUACUUUACCUUUCCACCUCAUUCGAGACUGGCUGUCGGACUUGGAGAUUACAGUUGAUUCUGAAGAGGUUCUAUUUGAAACAGUUUUGAAAUGGGUUCAGAGAAAUGCUGAAGAGAGAGAGAGAUACUUUGAAGAACUUUUUAAAUUGCUCAGAUUGUCCCAGAUGAAACCUACUUACCUUACUCGUCAUGUCAAACCAGAGAGGCUGGUGGCCAAUAAUGAAGUUUGUGUCAAGUUAGUGGCUGAUGCAGUGGAGAGGCAUGCUCUUAGAGCCGAGAAUAUACAGUCUGGCACGUUCCAGCAUCCCGCUUCUCAUGUCUCAUUAUUACCUCGCUAUGGGCAAAACAUGGACGUGAUCAUGGUUAUUGGAGGCGUGUCGGAAGGAGGGGACUAUUUAAGUGAAUGUGUGGGAUAUUUUGUCGAUGAGGACAGAUGGGUAAACCUACCCCAUAUUCAUAAUCACCUUGAUGGACAUGCUGUUGCAGUAACAGAAUCCUACGUGUAUGUUGCUGGGUCGAUGGAACCUGGGUUUGCUAAAACUGUGGAAAGGUAUAACCCAAACUUGAAUACCUGGGAACACGUUUGUAGUCUGAUGACAAGGAAGCAUUCUUUUGGACUAACAGAAGUCAAAGGGAAGCUAUACAGCAUUGGAGGACAUGGCAACUUCAGUCCUGGUUUUAAAGAUGUGACUGUUUAUAAUCCCGAGCUUGAUAAAUGGCACAACUUGGAAUCAGCACCAAAGAUUCUUCGAGAUGUUAAAGCACUAGCCAUUGAAGACCGGUUUGUGUACAUCGCUGCCCGCACUCCUGUGGACCGGGACACUGAAGAUGGAUUAAAGGCUGUCAUCACUUGUUACGAUACGGAGACUCGACAGUGGCAAGAUGUGGAAUCUUUGCCACUUAUUGACAAUUACUGCUUUUUCCAAAUGUCUGUGGUCAAUUCAAACUUUUAUCAGACAGCCUCAUGCUGUCCCAAGAGUUAUUCUUUAGAAAAUGAAGAGGCAGUAAGAAAAAUUGCCAGCCAAGUUUCCGAUGAGAUCCUUGAAAGCUUACCUCCAGAAGUCCUAAGCAUCGAAGGAGCGGCCAUUUGCUAUUACAAAGAUGACGUUUUCAUUAUUGGAGGCUGGAAAAACAGUGAUGAUAUUGACAAACAGUAUCGGAAAGAAGCUUACCGAUAUUGUGCUGAGAGAAAGAGGUGGAUGCUUCUUCCUCCCAUGCCACAGCCUCGUUGUAGAGCCACUGCCUGCCAUGUGAGAAUCCCAUACCGGUACUUGCAUGGCACUCAGAGAUAUCCUAUGCCUCAAAACUUAAUGUGGCAGAAGGACCGGAUCAGACAGAUGCAAGAAAUACAUCGACACGCCCUAAACAUGCGACGAGUGCCAAGCUCUCAGAUAGAAUGCUAGGUUCUCUGAUAUGUGCAGCUCAAAACAGUUAUACCUGUUCAUGAGGCUGAAGAUACCCAGACUGUUACUUGAAAAAGUAUGUCGAUAACUUAUUUUCUACAUGAACUGAUUAUCGCCCCAUAUAAAGGAAAUAUAGUCAAAAACUGAAGAAUGGGAAGAUCAAUUCAAUACAUGGUAAUUUUUGUUAGUUUGCAGUCUUUAUCCAUCUUUGAUUUGUGUGUGUGUUAUCUUUAAUAAGAUCUUAUUCAGCUAAGUGGAAAAACCAGGUGUAGUUACUUGACUGUUUGUCUGCCAGCAAGUUAUAACUCCUUUGUCUUAGGGUCUUAUGUUUUGAACAUGCUUUAAGCACCAGUUAUAUUUGCACAUUUACUUUGAUAAUCUUUUUCAUUUUUUUCCCGAAUGGUUGGUUUUGACAAGAUCAGAAUUUAUGCAUUGAGCCGUCAUCUACAGGAGGUAUGUGCAAUAGUGAGAUUGAAAUUUGAAGGAAAAAGCACAAUAUUUCAGCAAGAUGAUUUCAGAAUCUUUGCAUUGAUACUUUUUUGUAUUUGUUUAUCUACAAAUGCUAUCUUGUUUAUUUCUGGAAGAGAUGAUUGAUGAGAAAUUUGUGAUUGGCUCAUGUAUUUUUUGAGUAUUUUUCAUUUCUUCAGCAACUGUGUUAUGAACUUCAAGUCAUCACUCUGAGACAAUGGUAGUUGGCAAGAGUACUGAUCUUUAGCUGAUUGAAUACAGAGGAAGUUAUAUCUGUGAAAUUUGUUUCUCUAAGAAGAAAAGUAUUAUUAGUCUAGAGUAAGAAAUCAAAGGCACUGAAAAAUUUAAAAACGCUUUUUUCGGGAGUUGCAGGCUUAUUUGAAGAUAAAUUAAUGAGUGUAAAUAAUGCCAAUGACAAUCGACACAAUGCCUUCAAUUUUAAAUUUUGCUCUGAUGCAUAUUGUAUGGAAUCCGUACCAUUCCUUUCUAAAAGAAACUUUUUUCAAAAUGGGAAGGAAGUAACAAUUUAGAGAAAUGUUGCUAAAGAGAAGCCUUAUUAUUUCUCAGCCUGGAUUAUUACAAUGUUUUAUCUAGUUGCCCUAGACUUUCAUUGGAACUUUGCCUGAGCCUAGAAUACUACAUUUGGGCGCAUAAUUAUGGCUCUUAAAAAUUUAUCACUAUGGUUAUCUUUUAUUUAUUUUUAUGCAUUCUUCUGAUACUCUUAUCUGCGCCCAGGCUUUAUGCAAAUUACCACUUAGGUUGACUUUUAGCGCUCAGUUAACAUAAGGGACUCCUGCUCUAAUGGUUUGAAGUGUGGGUCCAGUAUACUUCUCUUGUUUCUUUCAGAAUGUCUCUACCUUCUUAGACAUUCUGAAAUACCAUUCUAGAAGGUGAAUUCCAAGUACAGUGAUUUUUUUUUUUUCCCUAGUCCAAUAUAGUUAAUCUUAUUAGUUGGAUCAAACAUCAAAAGGAAAAAAAGCACAACCAGGAAUUUUGGCUCUCAGUGUGCUGUGAGACUGUUAAUGUUUAGCCCUUGGACUCUAUACUAAGAACUUAACUGAAAUUUCUGAAUUGGUAUCCCUGCCUAGGACAAAGUUUUUCAAUAAUGUGUUGGAAAUCUGCUUUAAAACCGUUUAAUUUAGGCCGGGGUAGGGAUGGGAGACUGCAAGUCUAUUUCUAUAUGAGGAUAUAUUAUCCUACCCCACCUCUACUGUUUUCUUAAUUUCCAUUUAUUUGUAGUUAUUUUAAUAAAAGCUAUUUGGAUUCUGAGAAGUGCUAAGUAGUUGUGAGAGGUCUGUGCAAGUAAGACAGAAAAGUUCAUUGAAUGAAGUUCUCAUUUCUCUCUGAUAAGACUGUGCUAGCAAACUGCCUUUUCUUGGUGCUGUUGAAAUAAUUUAGUAGCUCACUAAGGUGCCAGUUUCUCUCCCGAAGGGUGUAAGGUUUUUGAUUGCCUUUUUUUUUUUUUUUUUUUUUUGUCUCAGAGUUGUCUUCUGAGACAGUCAUUACCAAGUUAUUUGUAGGGUUAUCUUUUUUUCACAUGAUGUGGCAGAAGUCAUAACUCAUAAGAUUUAGGUAUAAUCUGGUUUUGAAAACGUGAUUGAAACUGUUGUUUUUUAACUCGGCAGGCAGCCUAGGCCAUGGCUGGAAAGAGAGGGUAAGUCCUUCCUUGCAUGAUGAUGUGUGCAGGGUUCCUGACUACUGAAUUCCUAAUUUUCAUAUUUGAAUUCACAUGUGUGAUUUCACAUCAGUAACUUGUGUUUCUGAAAUAUCCUAACUAACUUGUUAAUAAGGAAAGAAACCAGAUUUGCUUAAAUCUGUUCAAGGCUGACAUUCUGAAAUUCUAAACUGGAAAUAACUUCCCGCAGUAUUUGGAAAGGUUCUGAUUAUGAUGACCAGCCUAAAAUGGCUCUUUGGGAAAGAAAUUUCCUUUUUGAUGAAAACUUAAAGAUUGUGUUUGAUAAUUUAAGCAGUUAAAAAUACAGCUUUAAAAAGACAGCUUAAUAUGUAUUCAAGCAAACCUUUUUUGCUUUUGUUUUUGUUUUGUAGAAGGAAAAGAGAGGAAUUGAUUAUACCAAAAAGUAAUAACUAUACAUAACUUUGAGUGAGGCUGCUUAUAUCUUAGAAUGGAUAUCCUUUAACUAUACCUACCCCACCAUGGUUAAAAAAAAAAAAAAAAAAUCAGUGUAUAUAUUGAGAAUGUCAGUCAUGAGCUUAGUGUUUAAGUAAUACAUCUCACUUGCAGUUGUUUGCAUGAUUAGUCUUGUGUAUCUUGAUAUCCAACUUUGCUUUUGCUGUGCCAAUUCAAAACUACUUUGCUAAAAAAAAAAAAAAAAACCUCAAAAUUCAUUGACAUCAAUUUUGUCUUGAUUACUUGAUUUUGUAUUGUAUUUCUGGGACCAAAAAAAUUUUGAAAUCUUUUUUUAUGUAGGACAGAAGUUUGAAGCUGGAAAGAUAGUGUUUAUGGCAGAUUUCUGUUCUUUUGUAUAUUAAACUCUUCAGGCUGCUGGUAAGGCAGUUUCUAGGGCACCCUUUUUUUCCUCUUUAUGUUUCUUGCUAGUGUAGACGUGGUAUGUUUAAAUACUUCAUUCUCUGCUUCAUAAUUCUAAUAUGAACACUAUACUAUUGGUAGACACAUAAGCUGAAUUGUAUAUUUUAGUUACUUGGCCUAAUCAAGCAUAACCAAAGGGAGGUUUUUUUGUACUUGCCUCAAACUAAGCUUAAAUAAGAAGGGUGUAUCGGCCACAUUUCAUGUCUUUUCCAAAUAUGUAGAAUUGUGAAGCAAGUUCUCUGCCUACACUAGAAACAUAGGGUGUUUAUAGGUUGUCAUUUAAGUGUAGAAUAUUUGGUGAAACAAUUCAGUCUCUCCUUUUUUAAACUGUUAAACAUUCUGUCACAGUUCAUCACUCCAGUUUGUUACUUUCUUGAGAAUAGUCCAUUUUUGUUUUUGUUAUAAUGCUUACAUUAUAAUAUGUUUUGGUCAUUGGAAACAAAACAGCUCAUAGUCGUGAUGUAAUACAAUAACAAUAACAUAAUAGUCAUUUUUACUUCAAGGAAUUUAAUUAGAUAGCCAAAUAACCACUCUUUGUUGAUUACCUUUGUAGGGCUUUUGUCUUACUCUCCAUGCCCAUUACUGGAAAUGUCUGACAGUGAAGCACAUACAAUAGAGCACUUGUUAACUUAAUCCUCCUGCAUAAUGCACUCGUGAAAAGUAGUGCUUGCUACAUGGGUGAAGAUCUUACGAUCCAUGUGCUGGGGCUCUUUGAGUUAUUUGUAAAAUAAAUAUUUAGUUCCAGUUGAUACAGUGAGUUUUCUGGGCUAACAGUAUCAAGCCCCUAUCUACUGCAAGUAUAAUCUUGACUGCCCCCCUUUAAGUCAGAGGAGAUGUAGAAUUUAGGACACUUUGAGACAUGACGUUGUAAAAUAGCUUGUUUUAUGUUCCUAAAGCUAUCUUGUUCUGUGUUAUAGCUACUAAUCAUCUCAAUGUAAGUUUUAAAUAAAUGUAUUUCUUUAGA